UCACCUCAACUUUCUUUCAUGCCCUCUAAUCCUGCUUGCUUGCUUCCAACAAAUCAUUUCAACUUGCUUGCCCAUUUUUCAAAUGUCGAAACAUGGUAAUAUGGUAAUUUAAUGGAAAAUCAUCUAAUAAUUGACACAAUUUUCGAGAACAUCAAAUUUCAAGAGUAUUAUAUAGCUUUCCAUUUGUGAAUUAUACAAUUUUAAGUUCAUAGAUAGCAAUUUUCUCCCAUUUCUGCUAUCUUUUUACUAUUCUUCCUGAGACCUCGAGAGAUAUUUAAUAACCCACAGCCUGCGUGUGUCAAAAUUUGCAGUUCAAUAUCAUCCAUGUUGUAAAGCUCCAUCAUCAAAUGGCUGUUUCUCCAUGGCUGAGGGGAGGCUGUCAACCUCUCUCGCUCGUUGCGUUCAUCUUCCUUCUUGUACUGAUAAAGCUUCUUCUGAUGCAACACAAGUCCAGAAAACAGAGAUCACAUCUUCCUCCUGGUCCACCUGCCAUACCCAUCAUCGGCAACCUCCACCAACUCGGCACCAUGCCUCAUCUAUCUCUGCAACGCCUUGCUGCAAAACAUGGACCCUUAAUCUACCUUCAACUCGGUGAGAUCCCAACUGUUGUUGUUUCUUCAGCCAGACUUGCCAAGGAAGUGAUGAAAACCCAUGAUCUUGCCCUAGCAAGCCGACCACAACUAUUUGCAGCAAAACAUCUGUUCUAUAAUUGCACCAAUAUUGUCUUCUCCCCCUAUGGUCCAUACUGGAGAAAUAUCAGAAAAAUUUGCAUACUCGAGCUUCUGAGUGCUAAGAGAGUAGAGACAUACCGUUCUGUCAGGGAAGAAGAAGUUGCUCGUCUGGUUUCUCGGAUUGCAGAGUCUUCUCCUGGUACUUUGGAUCUGACUAAGUUGCUGGGGUUGUAUGCAAAUGAUGUCCUUUGCAGGACUGUGUUUGGAAGGGACUUCUCAAAAGGUGGAGAUUAUCAUCGCCAUGGGUUUCAGAAGAUGCUUGAGGAGUACCAGGUUCUGCUCGGAGGAUUCAGUAUUGGUGAGUUCUUUCCUUCAUUGGAGUUCAUGCACAGCUUGACAGGGAUGAAGUCAAGACUCAAGGACACUUUCCGAAGAUUUGACCAACUGUUUGAUCAGAUCCUCAAAGAACAUUCCAGUUCCAACGAAAUAGAGGACCAUGAUAAAGACCUUGUGGAUGUUCUACUGGAGGUACAGAGGAAUGACUCAGAUGAGAUGCCUCUAACUACUGAUAAUAUCAAAGCAAUCAUCCUGGAUAUGUUUGCUGCAGGAACUGAUACAACCUUCAUAACCCUUGACUGGGCAAUGACAGAGCUGGUGAUGAACCCAUGGGCUAUGGAAAAAGCUCAAAAUGAGGUGAGAGGAGUUCUGGGAGAAAGAAGGAUAGUGUUGGAGAGCGAUUUGCCUCACCUGCAUUACAUGAAAGCGAUCAUCAAAGAGAUAUUUAGAUUCCAUUCUCCUGUUCCAGUACUAGUGCCAAGAGAAUCCAUAGAAGAUGUUGUCAUAGAUGGGUACAAAAUUCCUGCCAGAACAAGAGUUUAUGUCAAUGCGUGGGCCAUAGGAAGAGAUAAAGAAAGUUGGGAAGAUCCUGAAAGAUUCAAACCGGAGAAAUUUUUAGGGAGUGAUAUUGACUUCAAAGGGCAAGAUUUUGAGCUAAUACCAUUUGGGGCUGGUAGAAGAGGCUGCCCUGCUAUUACAUUUGCCACUGCAAUCAUUGAGCUUGCUCUGGCUCAGCUGCUUCAUAGUUUUGAUUGGGAGCUUCCUCCUGGAAUUUCAGCCAAAGAUUUGGACCUCACUGAAGUUUUUGGCAUCUCAAUGCACAGGAGGGAUCAUCUCUAUGUCGUUGCUAAACGACACUUUCCAUGAAGAUUGAGCUCUGCUAUCUUCUGUCCUAGUGGUUCCCACAAGUAGAUACUAGAACAAGAUAUUUUGUGAGGCCGGAAUGUAGAGAUUCUUACAACAACACUCGUACCUUGCAGUGUAAGUCUUUUUCAUAAACGGAUAAGGGGCAAAUCAGUCGCCUUUGUAAUAUAUCGAUUGAAGAAUGUAGACAUUUCGAUUUUGAACAAGUCAAAUUUCGUAA